AUGGAGUGGAAACUAGAGCGCACCGCCCGGCGGCGGAUCCGGACGGAAGAAGAGAUGCUGUGGGAGAACGUCAUGAAGGUGCUCUCCAAUGACAUGAAGCAGAAGAGAAGUCAAGUUUCUCCCAAGGUAUUGGAUUCAGUUACUACUACAUAUUCUAACUUCAAGAGCAACUUUUUGAAGCGCCUGUCAGCAGAGCUUCCUGUUGCCAGUAGCCCAAUCGCCACAAGAUGGCAGCAAAGGCAAACCGGGGACUUGGCCUGUUCCUUUGGAGCUGAGCUUUCCACCACUGACUUUCCUGAAUCCCUUCAAUCAGUGCCGGGAACACCUGAGAAAGACACCUUGACUCCAGGAAUCUACAAAGAACCACUGAAGUUUCCUACCAAAGAAGGUUAUGAAAGGAAUAACUCUGCUCUCUGUGUUUGUGAGGCACCUCAUGCUCUGGACAGAGCUGUAAAGGAAAACAUUGCCUCUAAAAGUCAGAAAUGCCCAAACCAACUAUUUUCUACCCAGAAAGUGGUUCAGAAAACUGAUGGGAAAAUGCAGCUCUGUGAUAAAUCCCAAUGUAUUUGGAAAGGUUGCCAAUAUGGAGUCGGAGAUGAAUUCUUUCAUCUUAAAAGGUUCUGUGAUAAAAACUAUCCCAUAUGUCAACCAGAGGUGAAGAUUCAUCUUACUGGUCUUCGAAAUGACUACUAUCUGAAUAUCCUGGACUGGAGUUUUAAAAAUGUUGUUGCUGUAGCCCUUGGACCUGCUGUGUACAUCUGGAAUGGGGAAAGCCACAAUGGAGUUGAAAACAUAGACUUGGGUCUCACUUGCAACUAUGUGUCUUCUGUAUCCUGGAUAAAAGAGGGAACGUGCCUGGCAGUUGGCACCAGUGAGGGAGAAGUGCAAUUAUGGGAUGUGGUAACUAAAAAGCGGCUGAGAAAUAUGCUUGGUCACUUGUCAGUAGUUGGGGCCCUGAGCUGGAAUCAUUAUCUCCUCAGCAGUGGGUCGAGACUGGGACAUGUAUAUCAUCACGAUGUACGUAUAGCCCAGCAUCAUGUUGGAACACUUUGCCACAAGCAAGCUGUUUGUGCUCUGAAAUGGUCACUGGAUGGCAGGUUGCUUUCUAGCGGCUGUAGUGAUGGGCUGCUGACAAUAUGGCCCUAUGAUCCGGGUGCCAGUGCACGGGGCCAACCACUGAAAGUACUGCCACAGUCUACAGCAGUCAAGGCUAUGGAUUGGUGUCCCUGGCAGUCUGCAGUCCUUGCUGUUGGAGGAGGAAUGAAAGACGGAUGCUUGCAUAUCUUGGAUAUAAAUACCGGGAAGAGCAUCCAGACUCCAAGCACAAACUCACAGAUUUGUUCUUUAAUCUGGCUACCUAAGACAAAGGAGAUUGCAACAGGCCAAGGUACUCCUAAGAAUGAUGUGACUCUGUGGACCUGUCCCACUCUGUCCAGGUCAGGUGGAUUUUUUGGUCACAGAGGCAGAGUGCUGCACCUGGCCUUGAGUCCAGACCAGACCCAGGUGUUUUCUGCUGCAGCUGAUGGGACGGCCACCGUGUGGAAGUGCUGCCAGUCACCCAACCCUUCCUAG